CCCUGGCGUCCCUGCAGAAGCCCUGCAUCACUCGGUCUGGGCCGGCGGAGCCCAGGACGGAAGACGCCCCGGGAGCCGGUCUGAGGCGUGCUCUCCACCCCCCGAGGCCGCGCCAUGUCCACGCCUCCGUUGGCGACGCCCGGGAUGGCGUCUGGGAUGGCGCCCGGGCCCUUCGGCGGACCCCAGGCUCAGCAGGGCGCCCGGGAGGUCAACACGGCGUCGCUGUGCCGCAUCGGCCAGGAGACGGUGCAGGACAUCGUGUACCGCACCAUGGAGAUCUUCCAGCUGCUGAGGAACAUGCAGCUGCCCAAUGGUGUCACGUACCACACGGGGACAUACCAAGACCGGUUGGCAAAGCUCCAAGACCACCUCCGCCAGCUCUCUGUCCUCUUCCGGAAGCUGAGGCUGGUCUACGACAAGUGCAGCGAAAACUGCGGCGGGAUGGACCCCAUCCCAGUGGAGCAGCUUAUCCCAUAUGUGGAAGAAGAUGGCUCGAAGAAUGAUGCCUGGGCCGGCCCGCCUCGAUUUGCCAGUGAAGAGAGGAGAGAAAUUGCCGAAGUAAAUAAAAAACUCAAACAGAAGAACCAACAGCUGAAGCAAAUUAUGGAUCAAUUACGAAAUCUCAUCUGGGAUAUAAAUGCCAUGUUGGCAAUGAGGAACUAAACUGAUAUUCAAAUUUCCGGCUUGACACACACUAUACCUUUUGCUGUCCCAGAUGUGUUUGUCUUUACUCCUGGGAAGAAGAGUAUGUAUGUACUUGGAUUCUAGUCACUCAGAGCAAUCUAAGUUCCUAUUUUCAUACUAUGGUUUUGCAUUACUUAAUAGUUUUUUCUUAAUACUAUUGAUUUUUUUUAAACUUAAUGUAACAAAGUUUGAUAGCAUUUGUGUGUUGUUUAACGUUUAUGAACUGAAUAAUCAUUUUUUAAAAAGGAAAACAAUUUAAUUUUGUAAAUAAAUUUUCAGAUUCAA